AAACUGUCAAAUCGCGCGAUGAUAAAAACAAUUUGAAAGACAUUAAAAAUAUUAAAUACGUUUAUUCAAUGAGUAUAAAAAGUGUGAAGUGAUCAGAGAAACAGCAUAUCAAUCUUUUCAUCUCAAUAACAUCAAUCAAUAUAUCAAUUUUAGUUCACAAACUCAAUUCAAAUUACCGGAAUAUAUUAACUAAAUCUCACAGACCAUUCAGUUUUAUCUGAGCCUGUAUAAAGAAUCAAUGAUUGACUAUAUUUGACAUUAAAAUGGAUAAAUUGGUGAAGAGAGUUAAAGUGUGGGGCGUCUCCAGGAAGCCGUCAAACCCUGAACUCAGCAGGAGCCAGUAUUCGUUGGUAUCCAGUGGUGAGCUCACAGCAGAGGCUUUACAAGUUUGGCUGAAGCUACCCAAGAAGAUUAAGUACGAUCCAGACUUGGAGCCGUUUCAGAAGCGAUAUGAAAAGGAGAUUGCAACGAAUUCAAAUAGCAUCAAACACAACGGCACUGCGGAGACGAAGCGUCUGCCGCUCGUGAAGUCCGCGCCGCAUCUAAACAACAACAGGACAGACGAGGUCUGCCAUGACACUAAGGGGCUGGGUGUGGACGUCAUCCCUGGUAAAGAUGAUGGACUGGACAAUAAACCAUCGAAAAGACAAAGCAAGAUGGCACACGCCGGCCACUACAUAAAGAUGUCCUGUCUCCUUGCCUGCUGGUGUUUCUUCACCCUUGCCUUCAUGAUGUACAAUGAGAGGGAAAUAGUCGUGAUGAAUACUUCGCUUAAUCCAGAUCAAGUGAAGACUUAUUACCUCAACGGAUCAACAAAAGACAAAUUCGUCGUGCAGAUCCGGCUCAAAGGACCAUUUUUAACGGAACAAAUGGAGAGCAAAAUGAAUUCAACUGAAUUUGAGAAAUCGGAGAAACUUAUCGUGUGGUUGGAGGAAUUUUAUAAUGGAAAAUCCGUGAAGGUGUCAGAGGAAUGGUUAUUACCCCUGCAAGAUGACGGACUCGACUUCAACGAAGGCGAAUCGCGGUCGUCCGUGCUGCGAAUUUCGACCAAUCACAGCGCAGGUGUCGCGCUGCGUAUGAGAAUAACAGCUAAUGAGACCGCGCCGUUCACAAUGAGCUAUACAAUAGAUCCAAUAGACGUUAACACAGGCGUCAUAUAUGCGUGUGUGCUGCUUUGCGGCUUGUAUGUUUUGAUUAUUUUUGAGGUGGUCAACAGGACAAUGGCGGCAGUGAUCAUAGCAACGACGGCUCUAGCCACCAUCUCUGUGAUGGGCGAGCGACCGAGUCUCCCCGAGCUCAUCUCCUGGCUGGACGUGGAGACGCUACUGCUGCUGUUCAGCAUGAUGAUAUUAGUGGCAAUAAUGGCGGAGACGGGCAUGUUUGAUUUCUUAGCUGUGUUCACAUUUGAGGUAACAAAGGGCAAACUAUGGCCUCUAAUCACGGUCCUAUGCGCCAUAACAGCAUUCUUGUCAACGUUUCUGGACAAUGUGACGACGGUUCUUCUAAUGACACCUGUCACAAUCAGGCUCUGCGAAGUUAUGGACCUAGAUCCAGUGCCCAUUCUGAUGUCUAUGGUCCUGUUCAGUAAUAUAGGCGGCACGGCAACCCCCGUGGGGGACCCGCCAAAUGUGAUCAUCGCUUCUAACAAGGCUGUAGUGCAGGCUGGUAUAAACUUCACAAAUUUCACGCUUCACAUGACGCUGGGUAUAUUGCUGGUGUGCAUACAGACGUACUUCCAACUGCGUUUUAUUUAUAGAGACACUAACAAGCUCCGUUUGAAUGUCCCUCGUGAUAUACAGGAUUUACGCCACCAAAUUUCAAUAUGGCGACGCGCGAUCGAAUCCCUCCCGCAUCUAAGCAAAGACGCGCACGUGGUCCGUGAGAGGCUGGAGCGGAAGAUGGUGAAGCUGACCGCGCAGCUGGAUGUCAUGGUGAAGGAGAGCACCAAACGAGUGUGUCCUAAAGACACCUUCCAUACCACACUGGUGCAGCUGAAGGACAAGUACAAAAUCCGAGACAAGAUGCUGCUGCUGAAAUCGACUAUUGCCAUCUCUUUCGUAGUCAUUGUCUUCUUCCUGCAUUCGUUACCGGAACUGAACCGUGUAUCACUCGGCUGGACGGCACUGCUGGGCGCCAUCUUGCUGCUGACGCUAGCGGACCGCGACGACCUGGAGCCGAUCCUACACCGCGUCGAGUGGUCCACUCUGCUUUUCUUUGCAGCGCUCUUUGUGUUGAUGGAGGCAUUAUCGAAACUUGGCUUGAUAGAAUUCAUAGGCGGUCUGACCGAGUCCCUAAUUCUGAAAGUGGACGAAAGCGCUAGACUCGCUGUGGCGCUAGUUUUGCUGCUGUGGGUUUCCGGAGUGAGUUCAGCGUUCGUGGACAAUAUACCACUGACGACAAUGAUGGUGCGAGUGGUGACAGCUCUGGGCUCCAAUCCUACCGUGAAUCUGCCCAUACAGCCCUUGAUUUGGGCAUUGUCUUUUGGCGCCUGUCUUGGAGGUAAUGGAACACUAAUAGGAGCUAGCGCGAACGUGGUGUGCGCAGGAGUGGCUGAACAGCACGGCUACAGGUUUACCUUUAUGCAGUUCUUCAAAGUUGGUUUCCCAGUCAUGAUAGGGCACCUAAUUGUGGCCACAGCUUACCUUCUGGUGUGUCAUUGUGUGUUCACUUGGCACUAGGUUCGGAGUUUGGAAUCUAGGUUGUUCUAGGUUUUAGAAAUGUAGGUUUGUCCGUAUCUGGUAUAAAUGAAGUUAAAUUAUAUUAUGUUUUAGGUAUGCUUUAUGGUAUACAAUAUUAUAAAUUAUUGAUAACAUCUUACGUUGGCAUGGAUUUGAUGUUUAUGUUGUCCUUUCUUGAUUUAUUAAUUAAAUUAAUAUAUUCUUCGAAUAAUCGAAGAAAAUUAUCAUUUUCAUUAAUGUUAUAGUUUUAUCUUUAUGAAUAUUUGUAUAUUAUUGUAUACGAAGCGCUAGCCUUGAUUUUUAUAAAAAAAAACGUCCUUUAAACAGCUUUAUGUUAACUUUAGGAUAAUUUAAAGAACAAUUAUUGUAAUAAAGAAAUUAUAACUUAGGUUUUUAAAAUACGUAUAUUUUAUGAAAUGCUUUUUUCGAAUGUUAUCUUUGAUAAUACCUAUAGGAAUAAAGGGGUGAAGGAAAGGAAAUCCAUUUUAAUGGAUUAUUUGUUGAAAGUGGUUAAUAAUAAUUUGAAAUCCUUUUCGAUAGCCCAUCGAUUUUGAAUUAAGGCUUUUCUUGAGGCACGUUUUAUAUGCUAUAAUUAUUAUGAAAAACAAUUUUUUCUUACCUCUACACCAUAUAUGUAAUGGAUAAUUUAAAACUAGUUACUUGUCGUGCAUUAUAUUACGAGAUCACAGUAAAAA